UAAAUCGAUUGUAGGAAGCCUGCUCACUUGUAUAUUUUUUAUAAUAUUGUGUUAAUAUUCUUUAAAGACUGAACGGUGGCUCCAUCCUCUUUUAAUCUUUCAACUCGAAGGGGCAGCUGUACGGCUAUGAAGAAUCCGUAAAACUCAUAUUCUACGAGAAAGAGGACGUAAAAGAGACAAAAAGCCAGAUAGACAAAGAUAAAGUCGCUACUAGGCAAACAUAGAUCGGGCAGAGAAGAGAAAAGAAGGGUGAUAAGUCGGGAAAAGGGGAAAAGAAAGGGGAGAAAAAGCGGAAAAAGUAAUAAAAAAAAUUAGUUUCGGAGAUUUAGUUGCUGUCGAAUAAACAAAAAGAGAGAGAAGUUUGCAUGCCGUUUAAUCCCAACUCGUUUGGUAUUUGGCACGAAUCUCAGUAGAAUUUCCUCUUAUACACAAAUUGUCGUUAGUAACUUUUGUUCUUAAGCUGAAUAUUAAAAAUUUUUCCUUAAUUCAAAACCAUUAAAUGUUACGUUUUAAAAGUCAGCGAGAAUUUAAAAAAAACGUAUUAAAAAACCCAUAAUUAGCUCGGAAGGGAAAAAGCGCGAUAUUUCGUCGAAUCAAUGACGUAGUUUGCCAUGCAUAAUAAAUGAUUUGUGGGGCGCGACGAACGGGCUAACACAUUUAUACACACGCAUAUAGCAGUCAGAGAAACGAAGAAGUCAAGAUGGAUAGGCAAACCCGUCAGACGAAUCGGCUUCAAGUUCCAGCUCCCGGUUUGGAAGCUAUUGUAAAGGAGAGUUUGUUAUUUGUAUGGCCACUUUCUUCUCUUCCUUCCACAGCAAGUGCGAAUGAAGAAGAAGAUGACGAGUAAGUACAUGUAAUUCCAUUGCGUCAUUUAUAGCUAACAUUCGCCGAAUCGACGAAAAUCCGUUUAGCAAACCUUUGAGAAAAGGCGCCUAGAAGACAUGUUCACCUAUCUACUUCCAGUCGCUUUUUCUCUCAUCUAUUCCCCAAUCCCAACUCUAUUCCCUUGGCGUUCGUUUUACUGUUAUAUUUUAUUUCAUUCAUUGGAACCCUCCUUUAAAUUGACCAGGCAAGUGCUUGUAAAAAAUUGAUGGAGCGUGUAAGCGAUAAAGUUUGUUUUACCCUGUUUAAAUUGUCAAAGAGGUAAAACUACGCCGUUAUUGAACGGUAGAGUAUAAGCCAAUAGAUGAUUGAUCGGUUUAUUCAACCCGGUUUUUUUGUUGGUUAGAGGAAAAAGGUGUGCGUCAACGUUGUAAAAAAAUGGAUGUGGUGUCCCGUAGAUGGCGUUUUGAUGUGCACAAAGAGUGGUGUACGUUAUAACCACAGCGAAGAGUGGUGAAAUGAUUCUAUAAUCUACAUAACAUCCGAAAAUUCUUCUAAUUCGUCUAAUCUAACGCGUCCUUGAUGCCGUCUUCCCUUCCGUCAUUACGGGCUUCCAACCUGCUCUCUUGUCCGCCAGUAUAUAAGGCGAGGGUGUUUUAUACGGCUGUGAUUUCUCUUUACCCCUCAUCUCAAUUAUAUGACCGAGGUCUAUACGCCACCUAGACGCCGAAACAAAACGAACCAGGAGACAGACGACAAAAUGGCUGGUAAUAGAUUGCGUAGCAGGUUCGAUUUGAAGAGUUCGAGUUUCGAAGGCGUAAACGCUAAUGCUCAGCGUCCCGUUAAGCCUUGGACAAGGUUAGGGAGUUUCUAUAGUGUAACAGCUUGUAUUUUGUAUUUUAAAACGCAAGAAAACGGUUGGUAUUGAAAAAAUUUAGUGCAAUAUGUAAAAGAAAUAUAUAUAUAUGCAAAAGAAAGAAGAUAAGGAGAAUAAAGAGAAAUGAAGAAUCAUAUAGGUGUAUACGUAUGCUUUUUCUCUAUUCAGAAUAUUUGCUAUAUGUACACGAUAUACAUAUAGGCGUCUACUGUCAUAUUUUUUUUUAAUGAAGAAUUUGCAAAGUGCAUAUGUUUACGCUUAAAUAGUACAAGGGAAAAGUUUGUCCUUAGUAAUCAUUUUGUAUAGGACUUAAAAAAAAAUUACUUUUUCUCGGUUGAAAAGUCGUUAAGUAAUUCAAUCCAACCUCGAUCGCACUCAUUAAUUAACUCGUCUAUUAGACGUGUUUUCGAACGUCCCCCAGGAAACAACUCCUGUUGGAAGGUACUAAUGACGACGGUGGACACUUUUGUCAUCGAUUUUUUUCUUUUCUCUUUAUUUCCAAGCAAUCAAGAUUAUCUUUGAGACGCUGUAUAUGUGCAUAUUACUCAUUAUAGUUGAUACGCACGAAUGACGCGGAAACCAAAUAUCAUAUGCAUUUAUAUAAAGAGUAUAAAAAAAAGAGAAAAACUACAGUGUCUGACGUAUAAUUGAUUUAUUACACGCUACCGACGAUUGUUUUACUUUUGUACUAUAUUUAAAGAAUUAAGAGAGAAAUUUUUCACUCCAACAAAUCCCCCACUUCUAUAUAUCUUCCCUCGCCCCUUUUUUUCAAUGAGUAUCAGUUACGCAUGCAGCCUAUUGCAAACUAACACGCCCACUCUACUCCCUUACCCACCCCCCUUUUAGCCCUCCCUUCUUCAUCUCUUACUUUCCCUUUCCCUGUAGCAUUCUUCGCAUAAUCGAUAACUCGUUUCUUAUAGCUUUUAUAUCAGUUUAAGAAGAUGUUGCAAAUGAAUAUUAUAAUUGACACCUUCGAUUAUGCCGUGCGCAUUUUAUGAUUAGUAUUCUACAUAUUAAUUGCAUAUAUUCACUCAAGAACAACUAUCGCGUAAUUUCUUGUUGUUGUAUCGUACAGAAAAUAUUUCUGUCGAUACUGGCAGCGUUGUUUGUCGCACACGCCUUUAGCACUUUGUUAAGUUUACUCGAUCUUCUAUAAACAGCAUAAAGUGUGGUUAAGUAGCCCCUGUUUUUUCAAUUAUUAAAUAUUAAUUCCAAAACGUUCGUUUGUUUGUUUUUCAUUAAAAAUAGAACGUUUAUGUCAAGAAAAAUUACUUGUUUUAGCUUUUAUUAAUUUUAACAAGAGCGAACACUUUUUCUUAACCUGGAUUCAUUCGACAUCUUAUAAACUACCGCUAGACUCGACCCUUCCCAUCAGUCAUUUAUUAUGUCUUUUUUUUUCAAACUUCGCAGUCCAUGACAGGUGGUGCCAUCUGUAGUCGAUCGUUAAAUUUAUAAAGUGUACAUUUUUUUCGCCAAACAUGUAAUUGAUCGGACAUUCGGAUUCUUGGACAGACACCGACUAAGCGCAAAAUGGUGUAAACGUUGAUUAAAAAUUCAUUGGAAAAGAGAGAAGGUCGUGGUGGUAAUCUUUCACCGUUCCUAUAGCGACCGUAUAGUCCCCUUCAAACGGAACGCAACAUGUCUUUUUUUUGCGGUUAAGUCCAUUAAAGGUCUAGACGUGCUCGCACGUUUAUACAUUAUGCAUAUAGAUCUGGAACAGGACCGAUAUAGAUGUCGCUUCAAUACUUAGCUGCUUCUCCGUACAAGCGCAUUUCUGCGGCUGACGCACGUAAAGAUAUAUAUAUUUAUAUAUAUAUCUAUUAAGAGAGAGGAGAGAUAUUCGUAUAUAUACGUAUGCAUAUAUAUAUAUAUAAGUAGAUAUAUAUAUUUAUGCAAAUAUAUAUAUAUAUAUUAAUAUCUAUGUAUAUAUACUUUUAUGUAUGAGUGAGUAUGGCGUUACGAAAAACUAUCGGCUCUUCGAUGGUUGACUUAAAUGCCCUGGACGAACAACAGGAUACUGCAAAAUUUAAGGAAAAGACAGGAUUACUUAGAAGAGCAUUUUCUUCAAAGCGCAAGAAGAAGCCGAAGCAACCUACAACACAUUUUCUUACACCAGAUUAUGUACCGAAUUCCCAUAUUAAGCAACCAUUGCGAAUCUGCAGAUCAAACCCGAUUCCGCGCUCGAAUCCAGAAUCCAGUUCGCCUGCUUCGGAUCUGGCAGCUAGAAGAGGCGUCUUUAGUCGACGCCAUUAUGGAUCUGUUGAACUGUUAAUUUCUACCGAUUCCGAGACGAAUUCCGGUCGAUUUCGAAUAGAAAACGGUGAGAGGGAUGAAGGCGAUUUAAGUGUAGCAGCUGUGCCAAGUCCUUUAACCAGUCCUGUUCAUUUAGAGAAUCCCGAGUCACAAACGAGAUGGUAUUUUAAGUACUUUUUAGGAAAACUUCAUCAAAACUAUGUCGGUUUGGAUUCGGAAAAAGAGGCCUUUUUCUUAUCUGUUGUCGUUACGGAUGCUAAUAACCACAAUGUACCUCAAUAUAGGGCUAUUUUAUGGAGGAAAACAGGAAAUCAUAAAAUAUGCUUACCCUAUAAUUCUUCAAAACCUAUGACAGUUAAGGGAAUAUUGAGCCACUUCGACCUAGACAAAUUAGAUAAGGGACCAAAGGAAAUUUAUAACCCUGAUUUACAAAAGGAUUUGCUGCUGCUUGAAGAACAAGAAGGUUCUGUAAAUUUUAAAUUUGGAAUUAUUUACGCCAAAAACGGACAAAAAAGUGAUGAUGAAAUGUACAGUAACGAAUGCGGUACGGCCGAAUUCGACAAAUUCUGCAGUCUCUUAGGCGAUCGAAUACGAUUAAAAGGAUGGGAGAAGUUCCGUGGAGGACUCGACGUUAAAAGCGAUACAACCGGCGUGGAAUCGAUUUAUACCAUAUACGAAGGUCACGAAAUCAUGUUUCACGUAUCGACUUUUUUACCUCACUCCAACGAGAAUAAACAGCAAGUUGAAAGGAAACGUCAUGUAGGAAACGAUAUAGUGAAUAUCAUCUUUGUCGAUUCUCUACCGGACGAAAUUCCAUCUUUUAAACCGUCAAUGAUGAAAACUCAUUUUACACAUAUAUUUGCAGUCGUGACUUAUAAUAAGGAGACCGAGUCUUAUAAGUUGGCUAUUUGCUCUGAAGAGAGUGUUCCACUUUUUGGGCCGGCUCUACCUUCACCUCCCGUCUUUGCGGACCAUAGGCAAUUUCGAGAUUUUUUACUAGUAAAACUUAUAAAUGGAGAGAAAGCUGCCUUCAACACGCCAGUCUUUGCCCAAAAAAGAGAACGAACGCUAGAUAGUCUAAUUCGAACGUUAUAUCAAGAACAUGCUCCUGAAACCUCAAAGAAUAACAUGUUGAACCGACGGGCCUUCAGUGAUAUUAUUCCUGACAACGCCCACGGAUCAAACCGUCGAAAGGAAGAAGCUAGACAAUCUGAAUUCUUAAAGAUAGGCCAAUCCCUUAAGCUCAAGACAAUUUUAAGGGGUGAUGCUCCAACCAGUACGGUAACAUCCGGGGCUAUUCUCAAACAUCAACCUUGGGAACCGCAAUCAUUUUUCGAAAAUUUCCACUACGGUUCAAUUGUAUGCGGAGACUCGUGGGGCGAUAAACUAAUGGUUGCCACCCAAUCGGCGGGCGUUUUCUUGUUAGAGGAAAAUGUCGCCCCAAGGCAACUGUUCGAUAAGAGUGUCAUCGUCAAGCAAUUGACUGUAUCUGAAGCGCACGGAUUGCUAAUCUUCCGGGCAACUGGUAAGGACAGUCGUAUUCACGCUUUCCGUUUAACAGACUUUGAAGGGGAGUCAAAUGAAGAAAUUAUACGAAACAAAAGCGAUAUUAAGGAGAGAAAAUUAGAAGGAUCAAAAGGUUCUCACUUAUACGCCGUCAGUAGACCAGGUUGUAGUCAUUUGAGAAUGGUUGUUUGCGUAGGAAAGAAACUAUUGGUAUACGCAUGGAAGCAUUCAACAGCCUGGUCUGCUUGGUGCUCGUCAGCCGAUGUCGAUACAGUUGAUGGAUUCCAAUUACUAAGGGAGUUGAGCUGUUUUGAAACACCGUCUCUUAUAACUUUAGUCGAUGGCGGCGACCAAGGCAAUCAGAUCUGCAUUGGCUACAAGAAUCAAUUUGACUUAAUUAACGAGAAGAACGGGGAUACGCUUCAGUUAUAUCAGAUAGAUUCCAACAAAUCCACUUUGAUAUGCGCAAGCGACAUUUAUGAGGAUGACGAAGCCGAAUUAUUGCUCAGUUUUAACCAUAUCAGCCAUUUUCAAAAAAUGAGAGAAGAAUGCUCUACUCAAUUCGAUUUCCAUUGGAAUUCUCAACCGCAGUCCAUUGUCUGCGCUUUCCCUUACAUUUUGGCAUUUACGACAGACACUAUAGAAAUAAGGUUAAUAAUUAAUGGAAAUCUAGUCCAUACAAUGACUAUGCCUGAUAUAACGCUUAUCACCUCUAAAUGUGACAUCUAUUUUGCUUCAACUGCAUCAACAAGGUUUACUUUUACCGAACAAUCGCAAAUUCAGCAGGCUUCACCUCCUUCUUCACCUGGUUCUUACAAUAUCUACAAAAUAUCGUUGACAUGUUUGGCAGGUCAAGGUCUACAUUCAGCAGACAAAACACCUCCGACAUCAGCUUUUCAACCUCAUUCAAUGCUUUCUCCCCUCGUUGAUUCAUCAAGCGAGGUACGAUAGAUGGCGCAUCUGUCCUAAUUACUGUAAACUUGUGCUUGUGUGUAAAAAUCAUUGUCAAACUAUUCUACCUUUUAAUUUCAUAUUAAGUUCAAAUUUUAUUCGAUUAGAUACAGAUAUUAAGAAAGUAUACUGUAUAUUUACUGUAUAUAUAUAUAUACAGUAUAUGUACAGCACUUGAAAAGCAUUCUCUUUAAUCUAUCCCCAAUAAGCUUUGAAAAUGUUAUUUUUCUCCUUAUUUCUCUUUAUUUCAUUUUCCCAUAUUUCUUUUCUUCUUUUUUAAGAGCAGAAAAAAUGAAAGCAAGGAAGAAAAUCUUUCUCAAUGUCUCUCGCUUUCAAUGUCGUAAAGCGAAAAAAAAAAUAUACCAAGCUGUAAAAACAAAAAACAAAAAACAAAAAAAAAACUAUACAAACGCAAAUCAAACAACGUUUUCUCUUUAUAUCGCGCGAACAGGCACGACGCCGACGUUCGAAACUCCCAUCAUCAACCUCUUCGCAUGAUUCUGGUAUUCAUUUGGGAAGGAACAGCCCUCCAAUAUCACCGUUUUAAGACGAUUGACAAUUUAUUUAAACUACUGCAGAUGUUAUUUCCAAAAAAGAAUUAUAUUAAAAAUGUAUUGAAAAUUAACACUCUUCUCUCUGUACUUUUUGUUCAUUUAUAUUACAUUAUAUUAUAUUAAAUUAUAUUAUAUUAUAUAUAUAUAUAUAUACAGUAUAUCAAAAAAAAAAGAAUUAAAAUAUACUUACUAUAUAUUGCAUACAGACAGUAUACUGUAUACGUUUAUAUACUGACUACCUUUACUAUAUUAUAUAUACAUGUACAGUUUGUAUAAUACAAAAAAAUAUAUGCAUUUAUUGAAAAAAUACAAUGGGAUAACGACUGAGGAAGUUUCUCUUUAUUUAAAUUGAAUCGUACAUUUAUUAGUAACGUUCUAUAUUAUCGCUUUUAUAGAAAAUCGUUAUUCGCUCAGAUAAAUAAUACACUAUUUACAUGCCUUGUGUGUGUAUAGGUGCGCUAAUUAUUGUAAUUUAAGUAGGCAUAUGGGAAAUCUGGUUGAAAUUUGAUUCUAGACGUAUAAAAACAAAACUAGAAACAGAGAAAUAAUAGAAAUAAUAAUAGAGGUAAAAUUAGC